AUGCCUGGCGCCACUACAGGCCAAAAGCUGGACCUGUCCAAGCUCACAGAUGACGAGGCCAAACAUGUGUGGAAAGUCGUCCAGCGGGAUUUUGACCUGAGGAAGAAAGAGGAAGACAGGCUUGGGGAGCUGAAGACCAAGAUUGAGAAGGAAGACACCAAAAGAGAGUUAUUGGGCAACCAGACCAGCCUGACUGAGUCUCACUGUAUUCGAUGUCUCGAGCCCUUUAAGUUCCUGGUCAACAGCAAGCGUCAGUGUCUGGACUGCCAGCUGUACAUCUGCAAGUCCUGCAGUCGCUACAACAAGAAGGAGCUGGGCUGGGUGUGUGAUCCCUGUCGCAUGGCCAGGGUCCUCAAGAUCGGCACUUUGGAGUGGUUCCAUCAAAACGUCCGUGCCCGUUUCAAGCGCUUCGGCAGCGCCAAGGUGAUGCGGUCGCUCUUCAAAAGGCUGAGUGGAGAUCACGACUGCUCUCUGGAUGACCUUGGAGCAGAUGGAUAUCAGGAGCACAGUAUUGAUGCCACAGAGUCACUACAACACUACCAAGGGAUGAAAAAGACCAAAAGGCGGCUAACUGUCGACCCCUUUGAUUUGGAUCUGGACUACGCCAUCGACUCAAGAAGACCAUCCCAUCAGGUCCCAGGCUCUCACGACAUCACGGUCACGGAUGUAGCUGUGAGGGAGUCGCUGCUUGGUGAGGCUGACAUGGCCUUUGUUUUCCAACAGAUUUGGAGGAUGGACCUUAGAUUGGCUCCGCAACAAGAUGAUCUUGUCUACCCGGACAACCGGACGAUCCCAUCUCGCUCCAUCUCUCGACUCAGCUACUCCUCAUGUGGCAGCGGAAGUGCUGGAGGCCCCAGAGGAAGCAGCAUCUAUCUGCCCGGCCCUGAUUACUCAGAGGAAGAGGACGCCCACAGCCAGCUCUACCCCUUCUACCAAUCUCAUCCUGGUCCUUACAGCCACACAUCCCAGGAGAGCCUGAACUCAGCGAACCCUCCACCACAGGUCACUGACUUAAACAGACGCAUGUCAGCCAUUGAGGCCCUCUUGAACCGCUUAGAACAGAAGGUCACUCCGACAUACGACCAGUCUUUUCAGACUCCAGACAGCUCCUCUCCUCUUCCUCAGUGGGAGGAAGUGGACCUGGAGGAGCAGCAGCUGAGACAGAAGCUGCACGAGAUGACGGACAACAUCAGCGACCACAGCCUCUCUGAUGAGGAAGAAUCAGAGAGGGUAAACAGGCCAGUAAAAUCCCAGGAGAUCCAAGCGUGGAGGAGUCCAGAGAGAGAAGCCAAACCUUCUAGGAUACCUUCCAGACCCACAUCCAGAACAAGUAUCGUGCUCUCCCGAGUGGAGGAGAGGCAGAGGCGGCCCCCCCGGGAGGAGGGGAUGAAAUCAGGCUUCAAAGGCUCAACAGCCUUACUUGUUGAGCUGGAGGACAAGGUAGCCCAAGCAGCUGCUGAUGUCCAGAACGCCCAGAGUGAGGUCUCUUUCAUCGAGGAUAGGAUUGCUGCUCUGAACGCUGCCGGUAUGCCAACGGAUAAAAAGAGAAGGUCUGCAAUCCCGGUCCAAGCGAGAAGGCCUUCCCACAACUUUCCCACAAGCCAGGUGGACAGGUUUGUGAGGAACUCCCUCUACAGGGGCUCCCUGACACAGAGGAACCCUGUGGCCAAGCCCAAGACCACGGCCACCUGUGCGAAGCCAGUAAUGACGCAGGGUUCAUGA